UCAGGGACUCGAGGCGAGGCUGGGGCUCUCCCCACCCCUGCCUGACCCUGGGACCCGCCCUUUAUCUGGGCCCUGGAAGGUGCCUGAAUGAGCCCUGGGCCCAGGCCAGGGGAGGCCAGGCUGGCAGCUCAUUACCAUGGAGGGAGGGCGGUUUCCCUCCGCCGCCCACCUUCCCUUCUCCUCCCCUCACCUCCUUCCCUCCCAGCUCCUUUCCUCCUGGGCCAGACAGAGCCCGGUUGAUCUCAGGCUGACUCCAACAGACUCCACAGCGGAGCCGGACGCCAGCGGCAGGAACAAAGCCCAGGACCUGCCUACAGCCAUGUCAGCCCUCAGCCUGGUCGUUCUGGGCCUGCUGGCAGCUGUGCCACCAGCCAGCUGUCAACAAGGCCUGGGGAAUCUUCAGCCCUGGAUGCAGGGCCUCAUCGCCGUGGCAGUGUUCCUGGUCCUCGUGGCAAUCGCCUUUGCUGUCAACCGCUUCUGGUGCCAGGAAGAGCCGGAGCCCAUGCACAUGGUCAUGACCGUUGGAAACAAGGCCGAUGGGGUCCUGGUGGGAACGGAUGGAAGAUACUCCUCGAUGGCGGCCAGCUUCAGGUCCAGUGAGCAUGAGAAUGCCUACGAGAACGUUCCUGAGGAGGAAGGCAGGGUCCGCAGCACCCCGAUGUGAGCCUGGCUCGUGUGGCCCCUGCCCGGGGGCUCCCGGGCACCUGUGAUGGAUGCCCACCGCCACCACCCAAGCCUGUUCCUUCUCUGCGCGGGAAUCUACAAUAUGGGCCGACUCCCUCCAUCCCACACCCCACACUCUGCCCUGAAUUAUCGCCAGCUGAAGCUGGAGCUCAGACUCCGUCCAGGCUGGGGCUUGGCUGCGGCCCUGGGCCCUCCCGCCCCGGUCAGAAGAGCUUUCUGAAGAGGACAGUGAGCGCGGCACCUCCCAUCCUGCCUUUUAUGUCUUUCCCCGUAACUGUGGAAAUGGCCCUUAUUUCUGUGAAAUAAAGACUUUUUGCACUUCUGGGGCUGAGGCUCAGACACAGCCCCUCAGGCUUCCAGCGAGGCCCGA